AUGAAGAAAACGAAAUCAAGGUGGCACUUAAAAAUUUACAUACAUAAUUCUAACGAUUUGACAGAUGCUUUUUUGAAAGAAGUAAUAUCUCAUGGAAUAACAAAUUCUAAUGAUUUUAUCAUACAAUGCUAUGGAAUAAUCAAAGAUCCUAAUAGUGAUAAUAAUAUGAUGGUAAUAGAAUUUGCAGAAGACGGAAGUUUGUAUAGGGAAUUAAAUGUUAAACUUUGA